AUGUUUUCUGUUUUUGCUGGAAAUACUGGCCCUCCACCACCAUUUUCACGCAAGGUUCCAUCUUCUAGAAGCACUGGUCUUCCACCAUCAUCCUCACACGCAAUAUAUCCAUCUACUGAAAGUGUUGGCCUUUCACCACCAUUUUCACGUAAUAAUUCAUCUGCUGGAAGUAUUGACCCUUCACCACCAUCUUCUGUUCCAUCUGAACCAGCAUAUAUUCCUUCCAAUGGCUACAUUCACAUACAGGACUGGUUGAACCAUGGCGGAGAUUUGUUCAACAGAAGAUAUGCCAACAAAGAAGAUAAGAUAAGUCCUAAAACAGCAUCAAAACUAAGUUUGAAGUGGAAAUUCUAUGCAGGAAAAGAUAUAUCAGCAACACCAGCAAUAUAUGAUGAUACAAUUUAUUUUCCAUGUUGGAAUGGUAACAUAUAUGCAGUGAAAAAAGAUGAUGGAAAACUUGUUUGGAAGCAAAGCUUGAAUGAAUUGACAGGUUUGAAAGCAACUGGCUUUGUCAUGAAUGUGAAUACCACAGUGUCAAGAUCAACUCCUACAAUAGCUGGUAAUGGUUUAUUGAUAGUUGGAAUGUUUGGCCCUGCUAUUGUUCUUGGUCUAAACAGAAAAAAUGGUAAGCUUGUGUGGUUAACCUAUUUGGAUCAUCAUCCUGCGGCACUUAUCACCAUGUCUGGAACAUAUUACAAAGGAGGUUACUAUGUGGCAACAUCUUCACUGGAAGAAUUUACAACCAUUCAGAAAUGCUGCAUAUUUCGAGGAAGCAUGGUGAAACUGAAUGCCUUCUCUGGUAAAAUCAUAUGGCAAACCUACAUGUUGCCGGAUAACAAUGGCAAGUUAGGAGAGUAUGCUGGAGCAGCCAUAUGGGGGAGCAGCCCCUCCAUUGAUGCUCAAAGAAACAAUGUCUACAUUGCCACAGGGAACCUCUACUCUGCGCCGGCACGAAUACUUGAGUGCCAAGAAAGGCAGGAUCAAAUGGUACCGGCAGCUAGGAGGGUAUGA